AUGAACCCCGGGGACGCUUCAACGGCCAAGCCCGUCGUCUACACGCUGCGCUACUUCGACCGUAGCGGCGUGAUGCUGGGGAGCUCGCCGCGAUUCGACAUGUAUGGCUGCGACUUCGGGUGGGGGAUGGCGCUGGCGGCGCGCAGCGACAGGGCCAACAAGUUCGACGGCAAGGCGUCGCUGUACCCGAGGAGGUUGGGCGGCGGCAGCAUCGACGCGGAGCUCGUGCUGACGCCGGAGCACAUGGCGCAGCUGGAGCAGGACAAAGAGUUCUGGGCGGCCAUGACGCCGGACAAGCUGUGUCCUCCUCCUCUGGCGGUGGCAGCCAAUGCAAGGGAAAGAAUUGAUUGA